CGCGGGACUGAGGCGGGUGGGAGCCGGAGCCGAGCGCGGGCUGAGGGAGGAGGGCGGCGACUGGAGAGCGGCGAGCGGCGCGGGACCCGGAGCCUCUUUCACUUUUUCCCUCCCGAGUGCCCCCUUCCACCCCUCCCACUCCACACACACCCUGUUUGCCCGUGAGCCUGGGGAACUUGCAGCUUAAAGCCAGCCACCCCCACGGCAACAUGUACCCCAGCAACAAGAAGAAAAAGGUGUGGAGAGAGGAGAAAGAACGUUUGCUGAAGAUGACCGUAGAGGAGAGACGCAAAGAAUACGUAAGGGACUAUGUUCCCCUGAACACCAUCCCAUCGUGGAAAGAGGAGAUGAAGGGCAAGAGCCAAAAUGAUGAAGAAAAUACUCAGGAAACAUCACAGGUGAAGAAAAGUCUGAGUGAAAAAGUUUCUCUCUAUAGAGGUGACAUCACAUUGCUAGAGGUAGAUGCUAUAGUCAAUGCGGCAAAUGCCAGUCUUCUUGGAGGCGGAGGUGUGGACGGCUGUAUUCACAGAGCAGCUGGCCCCUGUUUGCUGGCUGAAUGUCGUAAUCUGAAUGGCUGUGAAACCGGACAUGCAAAAAUCACAUGUGGCUAUGACCUGCCUGCAAAAUACGUCAUCCAUACUGUAGGGCCGAUAGCCAGAGGCCAUAUUAAUGGUUCCCACAAGGAAGACCUUGCAAAUUGCUAUAAAUCAUCUCUGAAACUGGUGAAAGAAAAUAACAUCCGAUCAGUUGCAUUUCCCUGCAUCUCAACAGGCAUUUAUGGUUUUCCAAACGAGCCUGCUGCAGUCAUUGCCCUCAACACGAUUAAGGAAUGGCUGGCCAAGGAUCAGCACGAGGUGGAUCGGAUCAUCUUCUGUGUCUUCCUAGAAGUCGACUUCAAAAUCUACAAAAAGAAAAUGAGCGAGUUUUUCCUUGCAGAUGAUAAUGAAGAAGAAGACGUUGACAUGAAAGAAGAUGCAGAGGGUUUAGAGCCAAAAGACCGCUCUCCACCCCACAAGAAGAGCAAAGCAAAGAAGCCAGAAGGCUCCAAAGACUCUAGCGAGGAUGAGACCGGUCCAGAGGAAAAGCCAAGUGCAGAAGAAACGGAAGGGCAGAGCCAAGAAGCAGAUGGUGCCAGCACUGCUACUGUGCCCAGGCCUUCUUCAGAAGAGGCAGCUGAAGUCUGUAAAGAUGAAGAUUCUGCAAAGAAUGACAAUAGUACAAAAGACAGUGCAGUAACAGAUCAUUCUGUGUGUGACCAAGAUCAUCCCAAUGGACAAGAGGAUGAUUCAACGGAGAAUGAAAUAAAAAUUGAGGCAGAGUCCCAGAGCUCAUAUAUGGAAACAGAAGAGCUUUCAUCAAACCAAGAAGUUGCCACGACCGUGGAGCAACCAGAAGUGAUUCCACUAACAGAUGACCAAGAAGAAAAAGAAGGUGAAAAAGCUCAAGGCGAGGACACACCUAGAGUUCCUGUGAAAAGCGAAGGCUCUGGUGACACAGAAAAUUUUCCCAGUCCUGAUGUUGAAAUGAAUAGUCAGGUUGACAGUGUAAACGACCCAACAGAGAGUCAGCAAGAAGAUUAACUAACAGGAAAUAAGCUUCAUUCAGCCUCCUUGACUCUUUCCUGAUUUCCAAAAGGUAAAUUCAAACAGUUGCUCAUCAGGAAAGGGAGCCAAUGAAGAACCAAAGGAGAAGCAGUCAAGAAACAAUAGUGCAGCUACUAAAGCAGGAGCCUGGUUCCUCCUCAAGGAACAUAUCUUUGAGUUCUUCUGCAGGAACCAAGGCCCCCACCCAGGUGGAGGCUGAGCACAAGAUUCCUGGAGUACCAACCUGUUACCUCACCAUCAAUCAACUGGAAGAAAGUUGCACACCCUGUAGCCCUCACCCCAAAUCUGGCCUAAGAAAAACUUCUCCCCCAAAACCAUCAGAGAGUUCAGGGUUUUCAGUCAUGAGCCACCCAUUCUCCUUGUUUGGCCCUGCAAUAAACCUUU